CAAUUAUUAUUUUCAGAAAAGAGGAGUGAGACAAAGAAUGUGUUAACAUUGGAAUGUUAAGAUUCAGAAAGAGGACCUAAACAUCGGCACCACACCACACCCCCACCCACACUAAUUCUAUCUCAGACUCAGUCUUUACUCCCACUCGACGCGGCGCUCCUCUCCUCUUCCUCACUUUGAUCUCUCUCAACUCUGCUCAGUUCGUCUUCUCUCUCUCUCUCUCUCUCUCUCUCUCUCUCUCUCUUCUUUUUCUGCUUUAUGAUGUUAUAGUUUCCUCCACUUGUUUUCUAUCUGAUGCGAAAUUGAUUCUCAGCUAAAAAUGUAGGGAUUUUUGUGCGUUUUAUAUAUGCUUUUUUGUGCGGGUGAAAGCCAAACUAAAAAGCAUGCAGAAGGAUAACACUAGCACCCCAUUAACACCAACUGGUCGGGUUCGGCAUCGAAGGCGUUCAAAUGAGGUUGUUCCAGAUGUUAGUGUGGCAAAUGGAGGCAAUUUACUUGUUAAUGACAGUAACAAGUACAGGUCUAUGUGGAUACGGGCAUGCUCUUCUGUUUGGAUGAUUGGGGGAUUUGCAUUCAUUAUAUAUAUGGGUCAUCUCAGUAUUACUGCCAUGAUAAUUGUUAUCCAAAUCUUUAUGGCAAAAGAGCUGUUCAAUCUACUAAGGCGAGACCAUGAAGAGAGGCAUCUCCCGGGCUUUAGGCUGUUAAAUUGGCUUUUCUUCUUCACUGCCAUGUUAUUUGUAUAUGGUCGCAUUCUCAGUCAACGGCUUUUCAAUACUGUAACUUCAGACGACUUUCUCUAUCAGUUUGUUAACAGCCUUAUCAAGUAUCAUAUGGCGAUCUGCUACACCUUAUAUACCGCAGGUUUUGUGUGGUUCAUCAUUACAUUGAAGAAGAAGAGAAUGUACAAAUAUCAAUUUGGCCAGUAUGCAUGGACGCACAUGAUUAUGAUUAUUGUGUUUACGCAAUCCUCUUUCACAGUAGCCAACAUUUUCGAAGGAAUUAUCUGGUUUCUUCUUCCAGCAACACUUAUAGUUAUCAAUGAUAUUGCUGCAUAUUUCUUUGGGUUCUUUUUUGGAAGAACCCCAUUAAUCAAAUUAUCUCCAAAAAAAACUUGGGAAGGAUUCAUUGAUGCUUCUGUUACAACUGUCAUAUCUGCAUUUUUGUUAGCGGACAUCAUGAGUCGUUAUCAGUGGUUGACAUGCCCGAGGAAGGAUUUAUCAAGUGGUUGGCUUCAAUGUGAUCCUGGUCCCUUGUUUAAACCUUACUCUGUUAUCUUACCUGGAUGGGUUCCUCAAUGGUUUCCUUGGAAAGAAUUCUCAGUGUUUCCUGUUCAAAUUCAUGCCUUGGCCUUUGGUUUAUUUGCAUCAAUAAUAGCACCUUUUGGAGGCUUCUUUGCUAGCGGGUUUAAGAGAGCUUUCAAAAUCAAGGAUUUUGGUGAUAGUAUUCCCGGGCAUGGUGGAAUUACAGACAGGAUGGAUUGUCAGAUGGUGAUGGCCGUAUUCUCAUACAUCUAUCAUCAGUCAUUUAUCGUGCCUCAGGGUAUCUCAGUUGAGAUGAUCUUGGACCAGGUAUGGUUCAUACAUGUUCACAACGAUAAGAUCAUCUUCAAAUUUUAUGAACACAUGCUGAUUAAUAUUCUUAUUCUUCGUUUUAGAUACUGAUGAAUCUCACUUUUAAGGAGCAACAAGCUCUGUACGCAAGACUUAAAGAUAUGUUGCAUGAGAGACUGAUUGGGCAGUCUUAAGUUCAAAAUCUAUGGCAGUCACUUGCUAGAAUGGUCUCUAUGAUUGUGUGGCAAGGACAGAUUUUUUAUGAAAAAUUCAUGUAAUUUGCGUUCUGUAGCUGUCUUCUGUUUUCGAAGUGCAAUCCUCCACACUACUCAAAGAUGGCGGUUUUUAUGACCUGCAUCCACACCACACCUUGUAUAGUCUUUCUCUCAGGCAAUUGAAUUGGCAGUUUUCACCGCAAAGAGAGAAAUUAAGUGCUUCUACCUUUGUUUUAGUUGGUUAUUUGUUUUUGGUUCUGUCCUAAUUUUUUCGGGAGGGAAUCUUAAUAUUGUUGGAUUUAACAUACUUUUCCUAAUCUUUUGUUGUCUUCAUAUGUAUGAAUACGAUCCAAUUAUGGCAAGCAAUUGAUUAGGACUGAGGGAUUUGGUUGAGGGGGAAUUCAAAUCAUGAAACUAUGUUUUUCUCGUUGUAUUUGAAUGUAAUAAAAAUUAAAUUGUUUAUAAGAUCGUUUUAGUUUUGUGGUCAGGGGAAAAAAAAACUUGUGUU